AGUUACACCGACAUAUCCCUCUCCCACUUACACUACUCCCACAACAUACAAUAUACUAUAUAUAUAACACAUUCACACACUCCAUUUAUACACUCACAAAACACGUACGAAUCAAAAUCAAACCUCACUUAUAUAUACAUAUAUGUGUAUAUCUAUACAAUUCUUUCAUCUUCUCUAUCUUUAAUAUAAACUUUGGAAAAAUGGGUAGCCAAAUUUUGUUUAUUUUAUGUCUUUCUUUCAUGGUCUCUUCUAUCAAUGGUAGUGCUCCAUGGCCACCUUCACCUGGGUAUUAUCCUAGUAAAAAGUUCAAGUCUAUGAAAUUUUACCAAGGUUUUAAAAAUUUAUGGGGGCCUCAACAUCAAAGGCAAGACCAACAUGCUUUAACUCUCUGGCUUGAUCGAACUUCAGGAAGUGGGUUCAAGUCAGUUCGUCCAUUUAGAUCCGGCUAUUUUGGUACAUCAAUUAAGCUCCAAAGAGGUUACACUGCUGGAGUAAUAACGUCGUUCUAUCUAUCCAAUAAUGAAGCUCAUCCAGGGGUACAUGAUGAAGUAGACAUGGAAUUUUUAGGGACAACGUUUGGAAAACCGUAUGUAUUGCAAACAAAUGUUUACAUAAGAGGUAGUGGAGAUGGUAAAAUUAUUGGAAGAGAAAUGAAGUUUCAUCUUUGGUUCGAUCCAACUAAGGGAUUUCAUCAUUAUGCCAUUUUAUGGAGUCCUAAAGAGAUCAUAUUUUUGGUAGAUGACAUUCCCAUAAGAAGAUAUCUAAAAAAGAGUGCUGCCACAUUCCCAUUAAGGCCAAUGUGGCUAUAUGGAUCAAUAUGGGAUGCCUCAUCUUGGGCAACUGAAAAUGGAAAAUACAAAGCAGAUUAUAGGUAUCAACCAUUUGUUGGCCAAUACACAAAUUUCAAAGCAAGUGGUUGCUCCGCCUACGCUUCCCUCCGGUGUCGGCCGGUUUCCGUCUCUCCCUACCGUUCCGGCGGCCUUACACGGAAACAGUAUUCUGUGAUGAGAUGGGUUCAGAAACACUAUAUGUUUUAUAACUAUUGCAAGGACUACAAAAGAGACCACUCACUUACUCCAGAAUGUCGUUUACGUGGCUAAUUAUACGAACAAACUUGCAUUGUUAGUUAAAUUUAUGAGUGAAUUUUGUAUUUAUGAUUUCUACUUCAUUACUAUGCUACCAAAAGUAUGAUUUAAAAUCAUAUGUAUAAGAAAAUAACAACAAUAUAUAUUGAGGUUUUAAUGCACCAAAGGUAAUUUCUUUGUUGUGA